UAUUUAAGAUUAAAAGUGAGGUGAAUCAUCACUGAACUGGGGUGAAUUAGUUUUAAUACUGAUAACCAAACAGUUAAAAUGACCAAUCAGUUAAAGAUAGAUACAGAAAAUAUUUCAUUUCACAAACAUACCAAAACAUACUUUUUAUCUUAUCAUUUCUUAAUUUUAAUGAUUUUAAAGAACAUCUUAAAUGAUUAUUUUGAACUUGGCCUAAUUGUCACUUAUCUGGGUGGAAUUGUCACUAAAGUUGGUCAAGUCACUUAUAAUUGGGCAGAUUUUGUCAGUGGGCACUGGACACUCAGAGGUGAAUUAUCUAGUUUAUAUCUAUCAGAUUGUUGUUAUAGAUUAGUGAUUUGUGGAAGCAUUGCAAGGUGCACUGGUGGUCUGAUAAACUUUGGCCUACACCAGACUAUAAAUCCAGAGGCAGUGAGAUCAACACCAACCAGAGAUUGAAAGAAUGGUUCGUAUUCUAAAAACAGGCGAAAUUGUGAGUGACAAUGAUCCCCGUGCACAGCAAGGAAAUGCCAGACCUAGACAGAAUAUUGGUAGAAUACAGCAUGACCCUGAUGAAAUGGCAAGGCAGUAUGAGGGUGGAGGGGGAGAGGGCGGGCAACAAGCCUCGGUGUUUGAUGGACUAAAUCAAAGACUUGUUGACUAUGGAUUCCCUCGUUUUAACAUAGGUUCUCAUACAGUAGAGCCUAUAGUCUCAGUUGGAUUUAUUCUUGCUGGACUGCUGUUAGGACUACCAGGAUUACUACUAGCUGCUGUGUUAUUUUUUGUGUCUAAAAUAAGCACUUCUGGUGGCGGACUUGCUUCAUUCUUUGGUGGUGGAGGUGAAGAUCAAGGAAGUAGAGGUCAAGGUGGUCCAAGGUCAAGGACAAGGUCACCUGAAGGUGAAGGGAAUAGACUUGGGAGAUCUUGAUACCAUAAUAACUUUUAUUGUGCAAUUUUUAUUAAAUCUUAGUCAGGGAAAAAUACUUGAAAUGAAGUGGGUUUCUGUGCUAUGCUGUGUUCAUUUAUACAGUUGAUUAUAUGCAUUCUUUUUAUUUGACCUUUAAAAUAGAAUUUGAAAAAAUGUGCAAUGAGUUCAUAAUGAUAAAUCUGUGUCGUUUACUUUACAUUCAGAGGUACAUGUUUUUUACAAAGUUAUUGUUUGUUACAUAUACAUUUAUUUUAGUGAGAAUGGAAUUCCGCUGUUAACUUAUACUAAAUGAGAGCCUUCUCAAUAACAAUUUUGUAUAUUUAUAUACAAUUGUACAAGUACAUAUAAGUCCUUCUUAUUGUUGAACAUUUUUCAUUUUGUUUAUUUUACUUGAUUUGCAUAGAAAGAUGAAUUACAUUGUUCAUCAACAUUGUCAGUGAAGGUUUGGAAAUGCUUGUUCUUAGAAUACCAGGUUGCCUGCUUGGAUAUGAUUAAAUCAUAUUUUUAGUUUACUUGUUCAAAUUUGUUUUCAGUAAACACUGAAUGAAAAUCAUCGGUUUAGUAAAUAAGAAUUAUUUAAAAUGUAAUUAUAACCAAUUGACUGAUAAAAGGACUAGAAAAUAUGUCAGUCUGCUCAGCUAUUUCAUUUCUAAGUAAACAGGUUACUUGCAUACCUUCACAUGAGAUCAGUUAAGGUGGUUUUAGGGAAAAUAACUCACAGAAUAUACAUACCUAAUAUACAGUCAAUUCGGUAAUUUGAGAAAUUUACUUGCACCUUUUAUAUUAGUUAACAAAUACUGUAACUGACUAUAACCAAUGUCCUGUUCAAAUGGAGUUGUUUAUAUGCCCGAAAUUCUUCAUUAUGUUAUACCCCCUGGCGUCCGUCCGUCAGAGCAAACAUUUUGGGUUUAGGGGCUAUAUAACAGUAA